GGUGGGGGGGGGGGAGGACGACAAGAACCCCCGCGCGACGCGACGCCGCGGAGCUGGUGGCGGUGACGUCGGCGCGGCACCAUGACGGCGUCGAAGGCGACGGCUAGCGGCAAGGAGGCGGCCGCGGCGGCGAGCUGCGACGGCCGCCAGGGGCGCAGCCAGUCGCGCCAGUACCUGGCCAGCUUCGUCGUGAACAUCCUGUCGUUCGUGAGCGGCAGCACGUACGGCUGGAUGGCACCGAUGCUGCCCGUGCUGCAGGGCGAGGACUCCCCGCUCGGCAUACCUCCGGUCUCGGACACCGAUGCCUCGUGGCUGGCCUCCAUCCCCAGCAUGUCCCGCCUGCUCACCAUCCCGCUGUACGGCCUAGCCAUGGACCGGCUCGGCCACAAGGCCACCGGCUACCUCAUCGCCGCGCCCUUCAUCGUCGGCUGGCUGCUGCUGCUGUUCGCCAACUCCUUGGGCAUGCUGUUCUGGUCCAGAAUCAUCACCGGACUAGCUUACGGCGGCAUCGCAAUCUUCGUGCCGUCCUACACGAUAGACAUCGCCGAGGACAGCGUCAAAGGACGUCUCGGCGUCCUGUUCGCGCUCUCCAUGAACAUCGGCUGCACUUUCGCGUACGUCAUGGGCUCCUACACGUCGUACGCGGUGUUCCACUGGACGCACACGGUGAUCCCUGUCAUCUUCAUCGUCGCCUUCUUCUGGAUGCCCGAGUCCCCGCUGUUCCUCAUGACGGCAGGGAAGGCAGAAGAGGCGAAGGACGCUCUGAGGUGGCUGAGGAACGGCGAGGACAGUGAGUUCGAGCUGAACAGGAUACAGUUCCGGGCGCACGAGAUUCUGGAGGAGAGGAAACGGAAGAUAUCAUUUAAGAUCAUCACCGACCGAUUCACGUGGCGGGCUCUUCUCAUCUGCGUGGGCCUGAUCCUCAACCAGCAGCUGUGCGGACCCGCGCCGAUCACGUCGUACACGCUCACGAUCUUCCGGGACUCGGGGUCGACCAUCCCGGCGAGCGCGGCGACCAUCAUGAUCGGGGCCCUGCAGACCGUCGGCUCGUUCAUGUCCUCCGUGACCAUCGAGAGGUUCGGCAGGAGGGCGCUGCUGAUCUCCGGCGACGUCGUCAUGGCGACCUGCCUCGCGACCUUGGGUCUCUACCUGUACCUGAGGGCGCUGGGCUGGGACGUGGCGGUGGUCGGGUGGCUGCCCGUCGCCUGCCUGUCGGCCUACAUCCUGGGCAUGGGCGCGGCCUUGGGCCCGCUGCCCUUCAUGCUGGCGACGGAGAUGGUGACCCCGCAGGCGCGCAGCGUGGUGCAGAGCGUGUGCAUAGUGACCGUCGCGCUGAGCACGUUCGGCGCCACCUUCAGCUUCGUGCCGCUCGUGGCGCUGGUGGGGCAGCACGGCUGCUUCCUGCUGUACGCGCUGGUGUGCGUGGUGGGCGCUGUGUGCGUGUUCCUCACCGUGCCGGAGACCAAGAACAGGAGCAUCGAGGAGGUCGUCGAGCAGCUCAAGAGCGACCGCUACGUCCGCUCCGUGCUGCGAGGACGCACUGCGACACCCGACAACACUAAGCAGAAGUGCUCAACAUGAGGAACUCACAAACUGUUAUUCAUAGGCUGCGAGCUACUACUGUUGAUUACAGAGUAUAACAACUAUGGACCGACAGUUAUUAUUUUUUUAAUCAUGCUCUCAAAUGCAUUAUAAUAUGUCUCGUAACUAGAGACCUGUAAAGUUCGCGGAUUCAUUUCGCGAUAGGAUAGAGUCCAAAUACUUUUGAUAUUAUUUUGCUUCAGUGAUUGGGCCACAGUUUAUCUGAAGGACUCUGGGCCAAUGAAAAAUCUUUAACAGAAGAAUCAGCGAAUCACGAUCAUUCCAGUCAACAGGUGUUACGAGUCGGUAACCAAUCGGCAGAUGUAAUUUGCACGAGUGCAUAGAGGUUCAUGGAGUCUAUCCUAUAGGGAUUUGAAAUCGCGAAUUUUACAGGUCUCUACUCGUAACUAAGCACCGGAAAAAUUUGUGGUUUCAAUGAUCUCUAGGAUGUACUUUAUAGUUCUACGUACACUCGGUCAAAUGUCACCCUCUCAUUUGGCUGCUGUCUUGUGAAGGUGUUUCCGACGUAGCGGCCUGUGAUUCUAUACAGCGUCUGUUGAGUGUUUCCCGCUGGUCCAGGGGUAAGUUGUGGGCCAAUAGCAGAGGCAGCACUGAGGUAUAACUAUUUGAAUAUCAGGCUGUCGUGAAAUGAAUCCUCGAAUUUUUCCGGUCUCUACUCAUAACAUAUAUGUAAUAAUCUACUUAAUAAAACUAUUAACACUGACUGACAGACAAUGUUCAGCUUAAACCGGUGGGUCUAGAAGGAUGAAAUUUUGCAUAGGAAUUCCUUAUAUAACUAACUUAGGUGAGCACUAAGAAAUAAUUUUUGAAAAUUAAUCUCGUAAGGGGGUUGAAUAUGGAAUGAAAGUUUGUAUGGAAAUUGGUCAUGUUUGAAGUUAUAAAUACGGAAAUGGGUGUUUAUAAAUAAAAGUCUGUUGUAUCAGCGUUUUUGGUAAUUCAUCAGAAAUGAGGCUCAAAUACUUACCCAUAGGGUAUACGGCUAUUGUAUGGAUAAAAUACAUUUUACAACUUUUCUGUGAGUUCACAUAAAUGUGUUAGUGCUUUGUGUUAAUCAUUUAUAUGUUCUGAUAUAUAAUAAAAUCUUACUUACUGUUA